AUGGAAAUCCAGUGGGCAGCCGACAUACCCAGCAAUAUGACCACCCCUCGACCAAAGCUCUACUGCAACGCGACUUGGGACACUCUCUACUGCUGGCCUGCCACAGAAGCCGGCAGUGUUGCAAAGGAGAUGUGUGCAACAGUUUUCACCGACAUUCCGGAUCUUGUGAAUUAUCCUGAUGCCUACGCCUUCCGGGAGUGCGGCCAGGACGGAGUGUGGAUGAAAGACGGCUGGACGAAUUACUCCCAGUGUCUCAACGUCAUCGACAAGCAGGGCGAGGCGAUGGGUGUCGUAGAUGCUGUGAGAUACAUCACCUUCAUCGGGGCGAUCCUGUCUCUGGUCACUCUCGCCGUCACCUUCUUCAUCUUCACGUACUUCAGGACGCUGGAGUGCGACCGCCUGCGAGUGCACAGGAACCUGGUCGUCUCGCUCAUCAUCCUGUUCAUAGUGAUGCUCGUCCUGACGGAGCCUUUCGUGUCCAACCGCCAGACCAUCUCCUACAGGGAUGUGGAUUGGCUCUGUAAGACCCUUUUGGCAAUCAGGAUGUACGCCCAAAUGGCCUCUAUCAACUGGAUGUUCGUCGAGGGGCUGUUCCUCCACUCAAGGUUGACCUCCAACGUCUUCGACUCGGGCGCUCCCUUCCCUCUUUAUUACACCAUAGGAUGGGGCGCUCCCCUGGUGUUCAUCGUGGCGUGGUCGGUCACCAUGGCCCUGCACUAUCCCGUCCGUUGCUGGAUGUCCUACAGUGACCUAACUUACGUGUGGAUUCUGGUGGCACCCAUGUUCACCACGCUUAUGAGUCUAGGUUCUCCCUGGGUUUUGUUUGCCCGGACCGUUUGGUGCUUACCUCUGUGGUGGGAGAGACCUGAGAGAAAGUGGGGUUCAGGGGCACCACCCCAAAAACCUCCAUUCCCCGAACUAGAUCCCUUAUUACUGGAUGCGGUUUAUGGACUUACUCAGGACAUAUGA